GUGCGCGACUGACGAGAACACUAAAAAAUGGGCGAAAACCUAAUCGCUGAAUAUUGAAUUGAGGGCAGAAAAGUUUUGCAGAUUAUCGUGAAAACAUUUGCUUUAGAAAACUUCUAAAGCCAAAUGCAAUAAAUGAUUCUAUAAGUGUUUAAUCUAUCGUUAAUUGCAUAUAAAAGGAAGUUUGGGUGUUGCACAGCAAGGCGAAAUAUAAAAGAAAAAAUAGAAACUAGAAGAGGGGAGAAAUCGCGAAGCGGAAAGUUCCCAACUUGUCGGUGGAAGUGGAAAAAAGCAAAGUAGUGACGAAGAGAACGUGAAAACAAAAAAGUACGAAACAAAGCAAAAAAUUAUAAUAUUCAUAGAAAAUCGUCAAUUAAAUACAAAAAAAAAACCAAUAAAUACGCGAAUUGGAAUGCUGUUCGCAUUUGCAGUGCAAUUUUAACAAAAGCAAGCCAUUUAUGUGAAACUCAUAAAGUUUUCAUAAUUUGACACCGAAGAUGGUUACAAAAGAAGAAACGCCUGGGAAAGUGGGCGCUACGCCUGCAUCAACGAACGUGCCCGCUGAUAAUAGAAACUCCAACAUAACAAAUGACGCGCAACAACAACAGCAACACCAACAUGUACAACUUCCAAAAGCUUCGGCAGCGCCGCAAGUGAUCAUUGUGCCUGUAUCUCAACCAACUACCGCAGCCAAUAAUGCCGCCAAGAAAAUAAGACGAGCUUUCUCUAUGCCAAGGAAUCCCUUCCGGUGGUCGCGCAAAUUCAAAACUUCCAAUUCGGCAGCCGACAAUGCGAGUAGUGCUGGUGGAAGCAAUUCUGCGAUAUCGUCGUGUGUUGGUGGGGGACGUGGGCGCGCCGGUAGUAUCGUUUCACUAAGCAGCUACGAAGCCAUUUGUAAGGACACUAAUGGUGGAAAUGGCAAUGGUGGUGUAGUAAGUGGCUCACGCGAAUCUAAUGCGAGCGGCAGUAUAAAAAGAGAUGCUGUUGGCAAAGUUAGUGAUCAAAAAAUAGUAAAUGGUAAACCAGUUUCCGGUGGAAAUGAGAGCAACAACAACAACGCGGCCACAAAUACAAAUCGUAUCCUAAGGCGUUCAUCUUUCAGAAAAUUUCUAAAUCGUAUUGCACAGCAUGUCAGCACGUCAAUUAAUGUUGGGAAAGAAAGUUCAGCGCAUAAAACAACGGGAAUAGUGCCUUUUUACACCGCUUGCUGGCGCAGAAAAAAGGCGAACAAAAGCGCCGCUGUGUGCAUAUCCACAACCGCCGAUCGCGUGCCACCCAUCGGCAGCUACCAGUGGCCGGCUGACCAGACACCUGGCGUCAUGGGGCUCAAAAAUCAUGGCAACACAUGUUUUAUGAAUGCAGUGCUGCAAUGUCUUAGUCACACCGACAUACUGGCGGAAUAUUUCGUUUUGGAUCAGUACAAGGCCGAUCUAAAGCGACGCAACAAAAUCAAUUCACGCAAAUUUGGUACCAAAGGAGAAUUAACCGAACAACUGGCCAAUGUGCUAAAGGCGCUAUGGACCUGCAAGAAUGAGAGCGAUCACAGCACGAGUUUUAAGGCUGUUGUUGAUCGCUAUGGUUCACAAUUUCGUAGCUCAACACAACAUGAUGCUCAAGAAUUCUUAUUCUGGCUGCUGGAUAAAGUGCACGAGGACCUCAAUACGGCCACGAAACGGCGUUAUAAAAGUGUAAAGAACUCAUACGGCCGCCCGGAUGAGGUUAUCGCCGCAGAAACUUUAGCCAAUCACAUUCGUUGCAACAAUUCGUUUGUGCAAGCGGUAUUCCAAGCACAAUUCCGUUCGUCUCUCACAUGCCCACGCUGUAAAAAACAGUCAAACACAUUCGAUCCGUUCCAUUGCAUUUCGGUGCAGCUGCCGCAAUUAAUGCAGCAAACGAUUUUCGUGACCGUAGUGUAUUUGCAACGGGACCCGCGUCAAGUGAAGAUCGGUAUUAGUGUGCCUACUGGUUCGCCAAUUGUCGCUCUACGCGAACAAUUGCAGGCUGACACGGGCAUUCUGGGCAAACACAUGGUAUUAGUUGACAUCAGCAAAGAGGGUUUCACGCGCGUUUUCUACGACUCACAACCGGUGGCAACACUAAGUGGCAUCGAAUCCAUUUACUGCAUUGAAGUACCCGAAACAAAGGUCGUCGCAUCAACAGCAGUAACAACGUCAGCAACAAAAGUGGACACUGAAAAAGGUGACACAAGUCGAAGCAGCAACCCCAAUCCCAAUCAAAGUACAGCGAAAAGUGCUACAUCGACGGAGGUGAACAAAAACAGUUCGACAGGCAACACUGCCAAUGCAACCACAAAUGGUGCUAAGACCACUAACACUUCGUCUACUGCCAACACAACCAAUGAACUACUCCUGUUAGUGGCAAAUGUGCAUAAACGUAAAACGGAUCCUGAAAUUAAAGAGACACCGAAUGGCGAUAACUCGCAUACAUAUUCCGUGGAACGUUUCGGUAUGCCGUUCAGCUUGUUAACAACGCGAGAUUGCUCUUAUGCUGAUUUACAAAAGCGACUAUUACGCGAAAUGACGCCAUUACUGAAACCUGAAGUUUUCUCGAGUGGAAAACAGAAGAGCGAUUUGUUUCAGAUACGUCUACAAGAUCCGUCCGCUGAUCCAGAUACAUAUUUACAGAAUGUUGAACAUCCACUGCUAACAGAAAUGAUCGACCUGGCAUUAUCUGUGCUUUCAUCAGAAGCUGGACCACCGCAUAUAAAGCUAUUACUAGAGUGGACUGAGCCGGAAGAGUACUUUGUGGACCUCAGUGAUAAAGUGGUCGAAGAUGAAAGUGUGGCACGUUUGCUCAAUGUUGGAAAACUGAAAACCACAAAAGACACGUCAGUACUUACUUUAGAGCAAUGCCUUGAGCACUACACCAAAGCGGAAACCCUGAGCGCCGAAGAUGCUUGGCGUUGUCCACACUGUCAGCAAUAUUUGCCGGUUGUGAAGACACUCGGUCUGUGGUCGUUACCCGACAUCUUGGUCGUGCAUUUCAAACGAUUCCGACAGCAUCACGAAAAAGGUGCCAAUGCAGCUAAACUUACCACUAUGGUAAAAUUCCCAUUGAAUGCAUUCGAUAUGUCUCCACAUUUGGUGCGUGGUGAGGAAGAUGAGAAUGGUCCGCGUACAACGCUUAGUGCUGCAGCUGCCAUGGAUAAUGGACCGUUUUCUCGAUCAAAUCCAUGGAAAAAAUCUCGACCAGGAGAUUCCCGAUCCUCAACACUUAGUUCACGUGAUAACCGAGAAACCCGUUAUGAUUUGUACGCUGUCUGCUAUCAUCAAGGGGACACUCUCGAAACGGGUCAUUACACAGCCGCAUGUAAGAAUCCAUACGACAGGCAAUGGUACAAAUUUGAUGAUCAACGGGUCUCUAAAGUACCGAACGCUUCAAUCGAAGAGGAGAUUAUCAAUAAUGAGGCUUAUAUGUUAUUUUAUCAGCGUCGCGUCGGAGAUGCAGCUGAAUGCUCCGGCUCUAGUUCGAAUUCGGGAGAUCAUUGGGUUUCUCGAAUAGCACCACCACCGAAUAUGGCAGUUGUUGAAAAGAUAAGUGCUGCGGAGGAAAAAGUUAUCGAAGAAGAUAUAUCCGACGAUCGAAAGAACAUUGAGAUCGCCACCACUGCUGUAAUAGAGCCAUUACCAGGAAGAACAGAAGAAAAACCAAUUGACAUACCUAAAUUAAGUAAAGCUAAACUUGAAAAUGACACCGUUGUCGAAGUGAAAAUAGAAACAUCCCCGAUGGUUGUGAACAAUGAAAAUAUUUCGGUCGAUAUCGAAACUCUAGAAUUUGCUGAUUCAGAAACCGUUGCCCCCGACGACGAUAGCAUCGCUGUGAAAACAAAUGCAGUCAGCGCAUUGAAAGCACUGAAUACACUAACACCAAAUAAAAUAGUAGAAAAGCAGAACAGUGUUGGCGAAACUCAGAUCUUUACUAUGGAUGAAGACUGUCAAAUUGAGGAAAGCCAAUCAAUGGAAACGGCAGUACCCUCUACCCAUACUGCAACUACAGAAAUCAAGUCCCAAAAAUCACCCUUAACAGUACUGAAAGCUGUGGCAGAUGCAAAGACGGAGCCAGCAGUUUCUUCCACAGGGCCAAACAAGCCUACUAUAAACACAACCGCUAAAGUAUUAACUAAUGGCUACGCUACAGAUGACUACAAAUCGCCAAAUCAAAAGUUGAACAUUACGCAACCGAUUGUAAAUGGUAAACCAAAGAGUCCAGCAACAUCUAUCUCAGCGACAACACCAAUACCAGCCGGUAUGAAUGGCAGUCGCGUUAGAAAUUCCUCAACAUCUUCCUCCAGUUCUUCCUUAUCGUCACACUCAUCGCCACACUCGCUGGCCGUCUCCAUACAUGGCGCAUCGACAUUACAAAGCAAGUUCAACGGCUUUACAACCACAUCAGCCACAGCGAGUAGUAACUACAAAGAGGUAUUGCUCUCAAGCAGUCUAAAAAGUAACAGUAGCAGUAUUAUUAGCGCUGCUGUGGCAGCGCAUACAGCCCACGAAUUCCACCUAACACGCCACCAGCCAUGGAAUGGCAGUCGUUCGAGUGUUUCCGCGCUGGAGAGCGGCACACAGACAAACAAUCAUCAACAUAUGCACGGGCUCAAUUUAAGGCAUUCAUUCUCAACAAGCUCUAAUUGCAAAUUACGCGAAUGUAGCGAAACACUUUCAUCAAUGUUGCGCAAUUCGAGCAAUACCUGCAGCAAAGAUACGCUGAUAUUUAUCGAUCAACAGAAUCAUCAUCAUCACCACCACAGUUUAAUCGAAGAUGACGACGAUUCAUUCAUGGGCAGUCGAUCACUCUGGAUUUCACCGGUAACACCACACAAACUAAUAACGGUAUCGCCCAAAAACUAAGUUGGCGCCGAUCAGCGGGCUUUGCGCCUGCAAAUAUCCAUAUUUGGGUAGGAUAUUUGACGGGACAAGCUAAAACCGUCUUUAGCAUGUAUGCUAUUGAAUCCAUUUAAAUCGCAGGUGUAUGAUUUAAAGAUAUUUACAAUUAUUUUAAUGUUAAGAGUACAGUGACCAAAUUUAUAUAAAUUAUACACAUUGUGUAUACAUUUGAUAUGUACAAUACGUAUGCAUGUGCGCUUUAGAUAACAUUUAGUUAUGUACAAACAAAUGUCACGUGUGUAUUCGACGCCUGUAAACCGUUUAGAGGCAAACAAAUGCAAAAUGAACUAGCAAUAGAAAAUUUACAACACAUUAUUGAUAAUUACCAGUGUAUGUAGCAAAGUACAGUUAUACAAUUACUUUAAAAAAUACUCGUAUACGUUGAUUCCGAGCUGAGCAGAGUUGAAACUGCAGAAGUUGGCUUAUUGAUUGUUGCUACAUUUUACACAAAUUGAACGAAAUGAAAGAGCUGUGCAAGAGUAAUAACAGUUUGCUGUAUAUGAAUUAAUCUUAAGUGGUGGAUAAGUAGCUGACAUAUAGCUUUGCAUAAGCAUGAUAACUUGAAUUUGAAUUUCAAUAUAAAACACGAUAUAAGUACAUAGAUUAACGGAAAACAUGUUAAUUAUUAGAAGAAAGAAAACAUUAUAUUAUUUAGUGCUGUAAGCAAAAUUUUAUAAAAUAUGUUUAUAUUAUAAUUAUUAUAUAAAGCCGGGUACAAGACUAUUGAAACAAUAGCAUUACGAUACAGUUCAUAGAUAUAGAAAUGGUUGCUUAGCUGAGUGCCGAGUUUGUCUUUUGAUUUAACGAACGACCGCUAUUAGAAAAUGAAAUGCCUUUUCUCUGACGAUUUUCAGUGUUUUCGCAGUGACACAGCGUCAUAACUAAAGCAUUUGAAAUGCUGCUGUAUUUCAUAUAUACCUACAUAUGUAUGUAUGUUUGCGAUUACAACCUCACCAACUAUAGAUAAACUCAAUUAUAACUGAAUAUAAUUUUAACUUAAAACUUAGUCACACGUAGCGAUUUCUGAUAUUUCGUCAACUCUUCAUGCCCUUAAAACACUCCAUUGAAGAAUACGAAAAACAUAACAACGUGUAUCCUUAAGUAUCCAGAAUACAUCAUUUCGCAGUCAAACUCUGCAAUCAUAAUUACCAAAUAUAUAUUUUUAACUUUUAUUUUUUUUUUUUAACUCUACAAUUUCGCGUAGCCUCGUUUAUUUUUGUUAUGGAUUUUACACAAAAUGACGCAAUAAAUGCAAUACCACAUUAUGUACGAACGAAACGAAAUAUUGAUGUAAUUAUAUUACAUAACAUUAUUAUUGAAACUUGCAUACAUAUAUAUCUAUGUAUACGUAACUUAGCACCUUGCAAUAAGCUAAAAACCAAAUGUAACACUUUAAAGUAGAUUUUAAAUUAAAAUCAAAUAUAUGAAUGAAGUGAAUGAAGCAUAUAAGUAUAUAUAUUAACAUAAAAAAUAUUAAAGACUUUGACUAAACUUUGUUUAUAUAAAGAGGAAAGUAAUAACAUUAAUGUAUUCAUAUAUCUUUAUUUAUCAGAAAUACAAGAAAAGUAAACGUUGUUAAAAUGAUGAAAUCUAUUUAAGGUGAGAUGAAUUGGAAAUAAAAGUGAAAAUACAAGCCAAA